AUGGCGGCAACUCUUGCAUCAUUGCCUACUCAGUUCGACUCGUCUCCUACCCGAUCCCUAAUUCACUCUCCCCUCGCAGCCUCCUCAAUCGCGCAUGCUUCUUCUCUUCGAUCUCCACUCCCUGGCGACGGCGACGAAGAAGACGACGGCGAUGAAGAGUCUCAUUUUCUUGUGAGCUUAGUGUGUUUUGGAGAUAUUCUUUUUUCAUCACCUAUUUUAGCUAGCCUUUUGAGCAUACAAGCAUUAUUAUCACCCUUCCUGAACACAAGAGGCAAUGUUGAAGUGUGUUUAAUGGAGUCUUGGAAAUUAUCUAAAAGGAGAAGAUGAUUUGAAUGGAAAGAUAGUUUAUAGAAAAAGAAGAUGGAUUGAUGUAUGUAUUGUUUAUUUUGAAAAAACUUAUAUAACUUUUAGGAGGUGUUGGACUUGUAUUACCUUUUGGAGUAUUGGUUCUUGGAGUCUUGAAAAAGAAAGUUCUUGUAAAACUUUUUGAAAGCUCUGGAAUUAUAUUAUUGUAAAAUUGAUUUCAAAUAUUAAUAGAUGUGUAUAUAUGUUAAAUAGGA